AUGGAUGGCAGUGAUUUUGAUCAGGUACUGCGUAGUGUAGCCCAACAGGUUAUGGUGAAAAUUGCACAGAACUCGAGGGAACAGGAUUUUCCACCAGGUAAUAAGGGCUACACCAUAAAGCAGUUCACCCGGAUGAAUCCCCCAGCUUUCUCAGGAAGUGUCAACCCAAUUAUUGUAGAAAAUUGGUUAGCUGUGAAGCUAUUGGAGGACCAGAGGCCAGUACCCACAACACUGACUUGGAAUCUCUUGAAAGAGAUCUUCUUCGAUCGGUACUUCCCCACCUACACUAGGGUUGUUAAGAUGGAGGAGUUUCCAAACUUGACCCAAAGGCCCUUGACUGUGCAACAGUAUGUAGCCAAGUUUGUGGAGCUGUCUCGCUUUGCCCCAUAUAUGAUUCCAGAUGAGCUCAGAAAGGCACAGAAAUUCAAUAGGGGCUUGAGAUAG